UUUGAUUUGCUUCCUCAGACUGUGCCAGUCGUUGCUGGAGCUCAGAGAUCUCCCUAUAGUGUCAGAAGGAGAGAGGAUCACUGCAAGGUGACUCAUCUAACAAAUGACAUCAGUCCUUGGUGCCCCAUAAUGCAUGUGCUUGAUACUGUUCAUCCUUACGGAUCAGACUCUCGGCUUGUUCUCUCACGGUGCACUCUAAUUCUGCCACUCUUUGAUGCAAGGCCGCCAGUUUCUUCCUUCAGGAAGCGUCAGAAGGCUGUAAGGUAAUUGGGCAGUGCAUGAAGGCAGGCUGCUGUUCUGUGCUCUGGUAAAUCAUGGCUACAACAACCCAACUUGAGAGAGAGAUGAUGGACAAGGCUCGGCGUCAGUAUCCUUCUUGCCAGGACCCUGUUGAGAAGCUGAGGCUGCAAUGCUUAGCUAGAGGGGCAUCUGGAAUCAAGGGUCUAGGCAGGGCUUUCCGUAUCAUGGAUGAUAACCGCAGCAAUUGCCUAGACAUGGAAGAGUUUUCCAAAGGUCUUCAGAACUAUGGUGUUUCUUUACAGCCAGCUGAAGUGCAAGUAAUCUUCCACCAGUUUGACAUAAAUGGAAAUGGCACCAUUAACUUUGAUGAAUUCUUAAACUCACUUAGGCCUCCAAUGUCCAGUGCACGUAGACAGGUCAUUCUUGAUGCCUUUCACAAAAUGGAUAGGACUGGGGAUGGAAUAAUAACAGUCGAAGACCUUAAGGGUGUUUACAAUCCUAAAUGCCAUAGAAAAUAUCAGAAUGGAGAGUGGAAUGAGAGGCAAGUGUUUCAACACUUCCUGGAGAACUUUGAUUCACCCAAUAAGAAGGAUGGACAGGUAACAGAAGAGGAAUUCCUGAACUAUUACAGCGGAGUCAGUGCUUCUAUAGACAGUGAUGCCUACUUUGUUGUUAUGAUGAAGAAUGAAUGGAAAAUUUAGGAUGUAUCUACAUCUCCUUAGAGUAAUCAUUAUUCCUAUAUAUCCAAUAAAUGAUCGAUUUGCUAUGGAGUAAAAUGUAAAAAUAAGUACAGAUUUUCAUGACACAAAUUGUUAAUGCAGCAAUUUAUAAACAUUAAAGGGGCAUGUUACCUAAAUGCUAAAUCACUUGAGUCAUGUAGCAUAAAUGUAAAAAGCUUACAAGAAAAUAUUACCUGACUAUCUCUAUUUACAAAAAGGACAAUUGUUACCUCAAAAUUACCUCAGUAGCCAUAUCUCAUUAUAGAGGGAAUUUACACAUCCAAUCCAGAUGCAUAUCACAGGAGUUGCAAAAGAAAAUACACCUGCUAUGUUAGAUUUCUUUUUCUCCUCCGUUUAAGGAAGUUUUCUAAAAAAUCUUGCAAAAUCAUAGUAAAAUCCUCCAAGAUCACAGUAAAGCAAAAUUUGAUUUCAGCAGUGAUAAUGCUGAUUUCUGUUUGUUUUUUUACCAUGUAGAUGACUAUAACAAGUAACGGAAUGGUAAAUAAUCACAGAACAUUUACUCUGGUGAGUUGGUUUUAGCUUCAAAUUAGUAAAAAAUAAUAAAAAAAAGGUAUACAUCAUCAAAUGUUUUAUUUCUCUCAAUUUCUUCAGGGAUAAAUAAGAAUUUAUCUUGAGUAACAUGCCCCUUUAAAGAGAUUUCUUGCUUACAAUACUCUCUCUCUCUCUCUCUCUACCCUGACAGUUGUUACUAAGGUGAUAAUGCUCUCUUUUGAACUAUAUAUAUAUAUAUAUAUAUAUAUAGACACACACACACAUAUAUAUAUAACUUUAAAUAUGGUACAAACAGGCAGCACAGUCCUGAAAUGUGUUGCCAUUAGGGACUUCUAAAAUUUUUUAUGUUUUUUAUCAUGUUAACCUGGAGAGCUAGAAUUAUUAUCACAUUCAAAUUGAUGCUCCAGUUCAGAAUAUGAUAUAGGGCCCAAAGUUAAAUGUGUGGCAUUUUUGUGACAAGUACAUCAAAUUAACUGACGAUAAAAACAUAGCAAAAUUAAAGUUUCUAUCAUGCAUAAGAAAGAGCGAUGUUAAUACAUUUUAAAACAUUCUUAUAAAACUAUGGUUAUGUUAAAACUGUUCAUUUUAGUUUUUAAAUUAACCCCUUAAGGAUCACAGCACAUUUCCAUUUUCUGACCGUUUGGGACCAGGGCUAUUUUUACAUUUCUGCGGUGUUUGUGUUUAGCUGUAAUUUUCCUCUUACUCAUUUACUGUACCCACACAUAUUAUAAACCGUUUUUCUCCCCAUUAAAUGGAUUUUCUAAAGAUACCAUUAUUUUUAUCAUAUCUUAUAAUUUACUACAAAAAAAUUAUAAAAUAUAAGGAAAAAAAUGGAAAAAAACACACGUUUUCUUACUUUGACCCCCAAAAUCUGUUACACAUCUACAACCACCAAAAAACACCCAUGCUAAAUAGUUUCUAAAUUUUGUCCUGAGUUUAGAAAUACCUAAUGUUUACACGUUCUUUCCUUUUUUUGCAAAUUAUAGGGCAAUAAGUACAAGUAGCACUUUGCUAUUUCCAAACCACUUUUUUUUUUUUCAAAAUUAGCGAUAGUUACAUUGGGACACUGAUAUCUUUCAGGAAUCCCUGAAUAUCCCCUGACAUGUAUAUAUAUUUUUUUUAGUAGACAGCCCAAAGUAUUGAUCUAGGCCCAUUUUUGUAUAUUUCAUGCCACCAUUUCACCGCCAAAUGCAAUCAAAUAAAAAAAUCAUUCACUUUUUCACAAAUGUUUUCACAAACUUUAGGUUUCUCACUGAAAUGAUUUACAAACAGCUUGUGCAAUUAUGGCACAAAUGGUUGUAAAUGAUUCUCUGGGAUCCCCUUUGUUCAGAAAUAGCAGACAUAUAUGGCUUUGGCGUUGCUUUUUGGCAAUUAGAAGGCUGCUAAAUGCCACUGCGCACCACAGUUGUAUUAUGCCCAGCAGUGAAGGGGUUAAUUAGGUAGCUUGCAGGGAGCUUGCAGGGUUAAUUUUAGCUUUAGUGUAGAGAUCAGCCUCUCUCUAACCCUCCCCCUCUACCUUAUUGUGCGCCAUCUUGGGGUUUUUUCCAUAUUUUUCUGUAGUUUAGCUUCCCCCCCUCAAUAAACAACCUCCCAGAUCCCUUAGAUCAAAAUUCCCUCCCUCCUCUCUCUCACUUUGUGGAAAAAAAUGUUUCAUAGUGUAGCGGUUCCCAUCCGCUCCCGCCCCCGUGCACACGCGCGUGCCCGCCCGGCGUCCCCUUACAUGAUCCCGCCCCCCUCUGACUCUCAACCCACAUCGAUGGCCGCCCACCCGCCUCCCACAUUGGCUCCCACCCACCAAUGAUCGUGGCCAUCGAUGUCCGAUGCAGAAAGGGCCACAGAGUGGCUCUCUCUGCAUCGGAUGGCUAGAAAAUGUUAUUGCAGGAUGCCUCAAUAUCGAGGCAUCACUGCAAUAACAUGAAAGCGGCUGGAAGCGAUCAGGAUCACUUCCACGGCUUGAAGACACCAACGACGUACAGAGUACGUCCUUGGUCGCUAAGGACAUUUUUUUUUAGGACGUACCCUGUACGUCGUUGGUCCUUAAGGGGUUAACAGGAGGUGCCUGUUUAUGCAUAAUUGGUUUGUGUGAUUGGGACAACAUCCACAGCUUUAUUUGUAAACAGUGGUAUCGGAAAAACAUAAAUGAAAAAAAAAGUGUUUUAUUAGCAAAGGAACAUCAAUUUUUAAGGAAACAAAAACAUUUUUAAUUAUCUUUACUGAAGAAAUAGGGAAAAAUAACAGUUAUACAGUUGAUCAAGAAAGACAUUUAAAAAAAAAAAAAUUCACAAGAAAGAAAAAAAAAAUAUUUUAAUGUUCUUUUAACCAAUAUGGAGCAAAAAAUGGAUACCUGUAUAUGAGAUGCUAUAACAUUUAACCGAUGCAAAUGAAACCAUGGGUAGUAAAGACUAGCGGAUACUUUUAUACGUGUCUGCUAUAGCCUAACUCGCAAAGUCCCCACUAUGCUGCUGCUAUGUAUGUUUAUUUUUUAGUAAGUGCCUUCUAUUUUAAGGGGCUCUUAAUUUUACCACUGCUUCUAAAAAUAAGUGGUAAUUGACCUGAAGCAUGAUGGGACUUUGCGGAAGGAAGAAGUCACUUUAUAUUCUACCUCUCCUAGGUGACAUAAAACGCAUCUGUAUAAGUGCUUUUUAUAUGGUUGUACUAUGAUUAUACAGCUUAGUGUUGCAAAGUAUUUUCCAUAUACUCUUGUCAAUAUUUAUAGCUGUAAUAAAUAUCAUUUAAUCUAGGUACAGCACUGUCAACCAGUUAUGCACUGACAUCUUAUAUACACUCACAUAGUUUGGUUACAAAAUGCUGUGUUGCUCCAAAUUACUAAUCCUUUAUCUGCUAUGCAAAUGACCAUUUCUUUAUGUCUCAUACUGUUCUAAACAUAACAGUCACAAAAUCAUUUUUGCUGCUACUAGUAUAUCUUCCAAUGAUCCAUUAUUAUUGUUAUCAUUUAUUUAUAAAGUGCUGCCAUAUUCCAGAAAACUUAGUACAUUAGUAAGGGCGUACACAAUAAGUAAUAUUAAUUAUGUCGUGGAAACGAUGAAUUUAGUAUCUGCAGUCCAUGCAGAACUGCAUCACUACAUUUCCAGGCCAAGUGUAAGUCUAAAGCAUAUAUAUUUUUGUCAUUCCAGUUUUAGAUAUUGGGUUAAUGUAAAAGUUUAGAUUGUCUAUUAAAAGCAAAGAAGCAAUACAA